UUCGAAGUAUGUUAUCAUUUCCGUUAAGUUAGUGUUUGUGACAACGUAACUGAUAUUACUCAACACGUGAUUGCUGGUCGUUUCUGAGGUAUUGCGUGCAUUUUACUUAAAGGUUUAUAAUUAAAUGUCCCUGUAGAGACUUCAAACGGCAUGUCCAUUCCGCCAGCGUAUUAAUCACACGUACUGUCUAAACGUGUGCGCGGGAAUCACAGGACAUAGAUUUGUGUGGCGCAGGUGACAUUUCUGCAUCACUACAUUCCGGUGGAGGAAGGAUACUGAAAUUGAUAUGUUUUAUUAGCCGGAGGGAAAGCGUAUUCUCAAGACAACAAACAAAUACUUAUAUGCGUAAAGAUAAUAUGUUAAAUCGUCGAUAUUUUCAUAGCCAACAACCCUGACAGUGUUUCUUUGGAAUCUUCACCAGAUCUCACCAAACCGCUGACAGCCGGUACCCGGAUAUAAAAAAACCUGAGGAGGAAAUCGAGGAUUAUAUCCCAUGACAAAGAAAUACGAUGAUUUUCUUGAACAGAAUGGCAAUGGUCGUGGAAUCGAAUCGGUGAAUAUCUCAUGGAAACAAAUUAACUUGUGUGUUGCUUUUCACGUCUGAAGAGGAACGAGAUUUAUUAGACUAUUUAACUACAAAUCGGGAAGUGUGCAUGCUCUCACCAAAAGAGGGAGUAAUGGCCGGCUUGACUGGAGUCAGCCAGUCGUACAGUAGAUAGUGAUUAGCCGUGAUAGCAGGUAAAAGGAUAACACAUUAAAUCGUUCGUGAACACAGCACCAACAAUGGAAACCGAAUUACCCAACCGGAUUCGAGUUAAACUUUUCAAACGUCACGAGGAUGGUCUGGGGUUUUUGAUUAAGCCCCGCACACAGAAACCGUAUGUGGCAGUGUCGGCCUUAGUAGCUGGGGGGUUAGCUGAACAGAGCGGAUUGGUUCACAUAGGUGAUACUGUUUUACGAGUUAAUGAAAUCGACAUAUCGGAAAAGAGUUAUGAUGACGCUGUUGAGUUAUUAAAGGCUCUUCCAGUUGACGCCCCCGUAGCGUUAAUACUUCGUGGCCCCGACGGCUAUUCUACCCACCUUGAAACUACCUUCCGCGAGAACGGUGUGCCCAGGACAAUCCGAGUUACUCGAAAGGUUGUCAACAAUGACUCUAUUGUAAGCAGGAUCCGGCGGACCUUCUCUAGAGCAUCGUCUGCUUCGCCGAGCAGGAAUGAAGGGCGAAGCCUCAGCCCGUGCCGGAAUCGGGGCAGACGAUUAGAAGAUAAACGCACGGAAGGAUGUUUCGUGGAUAACCAGUGCUGCAUUUGUGAUAUUGACCAAAAUUUUCCAAUUGUUCCAAAUUGCAAUGGUACGUCCCACAAGAAUCAGAAGUACCAAGUGAAGGACGCUGAAUCGCAAACAAAAUCAAACUCGCCAACAAUCAUGAGCAAGAAUAAUUCGAAUAUGAAUCAUUGUGAUAAUUCUCCUAAAAUCGUGGUUACUCGCCCUGCGAGUCAAAUUGACUCGGACGUGACCGACGCAGACGUCAAAUUACGCGGGAGAUUAUCGAACACGGACCGACCAACGACGGUGGUGGCACCUGGUGGCAAUAUCGAUCAGCACGACAAUAAAAAGAUUGAAAUUCAUCAAAACACAGAGAAAAUUACCGUGGUGGUUAAGGAGAACGGGGAUUUGAGUAAAAACAACAAGGGAAACAUGUCUACAGGUAAAGAAAAUGGCGUGAUUGAAAAUAACAAAUUGCUUCUUAAUGGCAUGGUGGAUAACAGGUCUACCUUGAUAACAAAUGGAGACCAUCCCGAGGACAGAGCAAAGCAGAGGAGGGACAGUUUCAGUAAUAUCAACUUAUACAGUCCGUCUUCUCAGAGGAGGCGUUCAUCCAUGGCGACGGUCAGUCCCAAAAAAUACGUAAAACUGAAAAAUUAUGCCGACGAAAAACAAGUAUUCAGCGACACUCUUCACACCAAAGUAGCCCUGGCAGUACCAUGUUCCAACUCAAAAUGUUUAGGUUCGAUUAUGAACCACCCGCCCACUCGAUCAGUCGGAGAACCUCGUCCACAAGAAGAGCUGUUGACGCAGGCGCGGGAAUUCAUUGACGAGUACUACACGUCCAUCAAAAGAUUAAACACAGAGGCUUACCAAAAGCGAUGGCUGGAGGUUGAGGCCAGCAUAGAGAAAAAAGGUACCUACGAACUCACGACCAAUGAGUUAACGUACGGGGCGAAGACGGCGUGGAGGAAUGAGGCAAGGUGUAUUGGACGUAUUCAGUGGAAUAAACUACAGGUAUUUGACGCUCGCCACAUCACGACUGCACGAGGGAUGUUCGAGGCUAUUUGUAACCACAUUAAGUACGGUAACAACAAAGGCAACAUCAGAUCGGCAAUAACUGUUUUCCCGGCCCGAACCGAUGGUAAACAUGACUUCCGGGUAUGGAAUUCCCAACUUAUCCGGUACGCCGGCUACAAACAGGCCGACGGAUCUAUCAUAGGGGAUCCAGCUAGCGUUGAGUUCACAGAAGUUUGUCAGAAGAUGGGAUGGAAAGGCAAAAACGGCAUGUUUGAUGUCCUUCCCUUGGUACUGCAAGCCAAUGGACUGGAUCCAGAACUGUUCGAGAUUCCUCAGGACCUGAUCAUGGAGGUUAACUUGAAACACCCAAAAUUCCCUUGGUUUGCCGACAUGGGUCUGCGGUGGUACGGUUUGCCUGCUGUCAGUUGUUUAUUGUUCGACUGUGGUGGUCUGGAAUUCACCGCAGCACCAUUUAAUGGCUGGUACAUGGGCACAGAGAUUGGUGCCAGAGACUUCUGUGACGCACAGAGAUAUAACAUGCUUGAGGUUAUUGCGACCAAGAUGGGUCUGGAUACACGAAAGAGUUCUUCGUUAUGGAAGGACAGAGCCCUCGUAGAAAUGAACAUAUCUGUUCUUCAUAGUUUCCAGUCCCAGGGUGUUACCAUCACCGAUCAUCACGCCGCUUCGGAGUCGUUCAUGAAGUUUAUGGAGAAUGAACAGAAGAAUCGCGGCGGUUGUCCGGCAGACUGGGUGUGGGUUGUACCUCCAAUGAGUGGGAGCAUCACUCCGGUAUUCCACCAGGAAAUGCUGCGCUACAAAAUCAAACCUUCCUAUGAACCUCUGGAAGAUCCAUGGAAAACAUAUGUCUGGAAAAAGGAUAGGGACAAGACCAAGUCACUUGACCGACCAAAGAGGAAAUUCGGAUUUAAAGAACUCGCACGGGCUGUGAAGUUCUCCGCCAAAUUAAUGAAUAAGGCUCUAGCGCGUCGUGUGAAAUGUACCAUACUGUACGCAACAGAAACGGGUAAAUCUGAAAGGUUCGCAAACACCCUGUGCGAGAUCUUUAAACAUGGAUUUGAUGCUAAGGUCCUUAGUAUGGAUGCAUAUGACUUCAUUGACCUCGAACACGAGGCUCUUGUUCUCUUCGUCACAAGUACAUUCGGCAAUGGCGAUCCUCCAGAAAAUGGAGAGGCUUUUGCCAAGAACCUGCACGACCUCAAAAGCCCCAAAAACACAAAAAAUGGAGAGUGUAUGUCAAUGUCCUACUUCCGUAUGAGCACAGCUAGCGACUCCGACUCGCCUUUGGAGAACAAGGAAAAGGAUGUAGAUGAGGAUGAUAACUUGAACGCAGAGACGGGCGCUCUCGGCAACCUCCGUUACUCCGUGUUUGGGCUGGGAUCUCGGGCCUAUCCUAACUUCUGCGCUUUUGCCCAUUUUGUUGACAACAUGCUGAAUUCACUCGGAGGAGAACGGAUAUCAAAGAUGGGAGAGGGAGACGAGCUCUGUGGACAGGAGGAGUCCUUUAAACUGUGGGCCCAAGAUACGUUCAAGAUGGCGUGCGAGACGUUCUGUGUUGGUGAUGCCACAGCGAUCCAGGAGGCGACAGGUGCACUUUCUAGUACCGACUUUUCGUGGUCCCCCGGCAAAUUCCGGCUAACUCCGGAGGAUAACGACAAGGAAAUCGACAUCACGGGAUCUCUGACUAAACUACACGGGAAACAAGUACAGACGUGUAAGCUCAUAUCGAUUGACCAACUCCAGUCCAAAGACUCCAGUCGAGAGACGAUGCUUGUUAGACUAGACACCAUGGGGGCGGAGGAACUCAAUUAUGCUCCAGGGGACCACAUUGCAAUAUUCCCGGCCAAUUCAAAGAAGCUGGUGGACGGGGUGCUCUCCAGACUGCAAAAUGCUCCAACUCCUGAUCAGCUGAUCAAGUUGGAGGUUCUGCAGGAAAGAACCACGCCCUUAGGUACGACGAAGAGUUGGUGUCACUUCCAGAGGAUUCCAGUGUGCACGAUGCGUACAGCCUUUUCAAACUUCAUUGACAUAACCACACCCCCAUCCCAGGCGUUCCUCCACCUACUGGCUACACAGUCCACACGGGAUAUGGACAGGAUCAAGCUAGAAAACCUAGCAAACGACAUCCACGCGUACGAGGACUGGAAGGCGGAGACGCAGCCAAACCUGGUGGAGAUACUGGAGGAGUUCCCUUCGGUCAAGGUCAAUCCGUCCUUGCUGAUGACACAGAUGCCUCUGCUGCAGCAGCGCUUCUACAGCAUCAGUUCCUCUCCACAGGCUUACCCUGGGGAAAUCCACGCCACGGUAGCUGUUGUCAGAUACCAGACCAUGGGUGGUGUGGGACCAGAGCACGAGGGUGUGUGUUCCAUGUGGCUGAGCAGGCUACAAGUAGGCGACAUCGUGCCUUGUCUUGUCAGAACGGCACCUCAGUUUCACAUGCCGGAGGACGCCACACUGCCGAUCAUCAUGAUAGGCCCCGGUACAGGUAUUGCGCCAUUCAGGAGCUUCUGGCAACAGCGGAAGAUCGACCGGGACAUGCUACCCGAACCUACACACGGAGAGAAGAAAGGAUGGGGCGACAUUCACCUCUACUUUGGCUGCAGGCAGAAUGAUAUGGACCAUAUCUACCGAUCUGAGCUGACCCAGUCAGAGGCUGACAAGUCCAUCACAAGUGUUUACACAGCUCUGUCCCGGGAGCCGGGAGUACCGAAGGUGUACGUCCAGGACGUGCUGAAACAAAACGGGAAGCAGGUGUUUGAACAGAUACUACGUCGGGGAGGACACGUAUUCGUGUGUGGUGAUGUGCAGAUGGCAAAUGAUGUUUCCACUACUCUUUGCAAAAUCAUCCAGGAAUAUGGAAAGUUAUCAGCGGAAGAUGCAAAAUUCGUCAUGCUGAAAUUAAGGGAUGCAAAUCGGUUCCACGAGGACAUUUUUGGUGUAGGUGUCAAGUCCGAGGCUACUGCACGUGACCAAGCGAAACGAGCGUGGAAAUAUAUUAACGCUGCAAGCAAGCCGACAUCCAACAAGGAGGUCGUAACUCCAAUACCUGCUGCUGGCAUUUGUUGUUUAUUCCCGUUUUUCAAAACAAGGACAAGCGUACACCCCGUGGAAAACCCCGACCCCCCUUAAGAAGAACAUCCAUACAGCUGACUUCACCAGAAUGAGUAUGUGCGAGGACUAUUAUGACGUCACCUAUUUCUACGUUGAGAACAAACUGAUGACGUCACGGAAGAAUUAUUUUAUAGACUUAUGAUAUGCAUUCAUUUAUUUCUAUAUUUUGAAAACUUUGACUAUGUGCAAUUAUCUAAAUAUUCCUAUCGAAAACAUAAGAACGUGUAAGAUAAGUAAACCACAAAAUAUUUGCAUUUUAUUUCAUCAUAUGUGUUUCAAAUUCACCGCUUGGUUAUACGUUACUUCGUGUGACAAGUUAUAACAUUAUAUAAACUCGUAAUAAAGUAACAAGUAGCAGUAAACACAACAGUCACAAUACAAUGUAUCUGUAUUCGUUAACAACACCAUAAUUGUACUUGUGUUUCCUGUUUUAUCAUGAUGGCACAUUUAACUACCAUGCGAAUAUAUAUAUUCAGAUAGUAUUGAGCAAUGGAGAUAACACAAGUGUUUAAGAACGAAAACUGUCAUUGGGGUUCGGGAUGGGAUGGGUCGGGGAUUUCAACCAAUGACAUAUAUUUGGUUGCUGAAUUUCAUGGGGCGGACACGUUCUUAUAAAUAUUGUUGUGCUUUUCACGUAACAUCCUACUUUCCUUUUAAAUAUAUCAGCAUCAUAUCCCAACGUAAAAGUUUAUACAAAUGUCACCAAAAUGACAGACUUAUCUUGUGACAUAAUUCAUUCCUAUUCUACUUCGCUGAUGUGUAAACGGGAUGUGUUUCCGGUUAUUGUUGAUAUUUGUCCAUUCAAAAAUAAGUAUACGGAAACAAAAUCUUUUUAGUGGAGGAAAUCAAUGUUAUGUUGUAAACAGAGCGUGGUUAACGUAUCAAAUAAUCUUUCUACGACUUCUGAAAAGAAAAUUUCCAGUAUGUAAAUAUAUUUCUUCUAAAUCUGAUAGAAGUAUAACCAGGAUCAAAAAAAGAACAGAAAUGUACAUAGCUGGUUUGCUAAGAAUGCCUCGUCACUUUUAUAGCUGAUUCUGUAGCAUAGCAAGCCAUUUAGGUACAUCGUAUCUCGUGCAAUGUUAGAAACAGUUCCGGGGUUUAUCUUGUCAUUUCUAUUGGUUUAUUCUAUUUUCUUAAUAAAAUUGUUUCAAUAAGAGUACGUUUGCCUGUUUGACACGCAGCACAUUAUUAUAAUCAGCAAUGCUUCAGAUAUUGAUUUAUGUAUUUACAAAUAUCAUUAUUGUUUUUUGUUUAGUCGUCCAAGUCACAUCAACUUAUUUUUGCUUUAGGUAUAUUCCCUUUUAUCUACUAAACAAAAUGUACAGCUUAAAGUGUCGCAAAAUCGUGCAUCUUACUGAGAUUGAAAUAUCUUUCUACACCAACACGUUUGUAAACACUUUUCUUCAAAACGAAAUCAAUAGGCCCAAUCUUUUGAGCUAAAAGAAACAUUGUUGCAUGAUGGACAAAUGAGAAGUUUGAUAUUUUCCUGAUAUUGAAAUAAAGUUCGCAAUGUCUGUAAAUCAGCAUUUUCUAUACAAUAUCUCACAAAGCAAUGUUUUAGUUUAUGUGGUUGGAACGUUGUUUGUUUACGCGUCAAACUUAUAGUUAUCGUCAACGUCAUUGAACUUGUGAAAUAACCCAUGCAGAAAAGGUAAUUUCGUUUUAAAAUAAUCAUGUUUAGUUGUUAAUUUGCACUCUUUGAGUAGUAAAUCAAGUGAUAUUCAUUACGACACAUUUCAAAGUAUUGCAAUCUGUUUGCCGUGUUAUGUUGUUUUACAGAACAGUGUGACAAUAUGUUACAUGCUAAUCAUGUUGGAAGUUGUGAUUUAAACAGUAAUACGUAAAUUGGUUCAGGUGAUCAGAAAACCGACAUGGUAGAGUUAAAUAGCUUUGCCGAUAUUAUUUGGGGUUUACAUGAUAUAGCAAUGUCAUUACACCCCUCAUAUUGGUAGACGCAAGCUACCCCUCAUAUUGGUAGACGCAAGCUUUACCUGUAUAUAUCAUUACAUCCUGUUUCUCAAUUGAUGUAAAUCUUUGACUUCUAAUCAAUAUAUUUUUACAUAAUUCAUAAUCAAAUGCUAAUUAAUAUUUUAAACUAAAGUAUUAUUCUAGUUUGUAAAUAUAUAAAUGUGUGUGUUAUGUUUUGUCCAAUAUGAAAUAAUUAAUAUAUAAUGUCUCUUCUCCAGAGAAAAGAGUGGAUAUCUAUACUUGUACAGAGAGGUGUUAACUAGUCUUGUUAUGUUUAAAAGAUUGAAUCUGUAAUCAAAGGACUUAUGAUUCGGACGUAUCUUGUAGAGCAAAAUAUUGAAAACGCCAUUAUAAUAUAAUACAUGGGAAAUUAUAUAUAUUCUACACUAUCAAUUAGUGUGACCAAUGUCCACAAGAAAUAAUUGCAAAUUUUGCAUAUUUUUUUUUAUUUGAGGUCAGCUCGAUGCUAAGAUACGUAUGCUUGCAAUUUAAUUACUGUGUACCAUUCUGGACUGCAUGUCAGACUGCACGUCUGUGGCAAAAUAGCAAGAAAUGAUGUCAUGAAAACAAUUCCUACGAAUUGAAAUGAACGGAAUAUAUGUAGUUUGAUAUGUCGAUAUACAGCAGCGAAUUAUAAGAUUGACGGUUGCAGGAUUAACAUAUGUAUGAGAAUGAAAAUUAGUUCAGAGUAAUCGCUAAUUAUAUACGAAAAAAAAGAGUCUCUUCACUUAUGUUUGGUACAGCAAUAAUAACAUAAUCAUAAUUGUUUUAUAUGCAUUGAUCGGUUCAUGUGGGGACGCAGGUGUAAAAACAAUUAAGUAUUGUAUAAGGGUUAAACACGUCAUGUGGAGACGGUUUUAUGACAAACAAAAUAUCCGAUAAUUAAAAUUAUAUUUAAACAGAAUGUAAUCGGACGUUUGCUGCAUUGUUAGUAGAUUUAGAAUAUAUCACUUGACUGGAACAUUUUCUUCAAAAAGAAAUGUGUAACUUGGUACAUAUCUCUACUGAAUGUUACUCAGAAUCUCCUAACUGCUUUACAUUAUUCAAAAUGCUGAAUUAGAUAAUCUGCUUAUUGGUUUACAUAUUUAAAAAGCUAAAUUAACUUCAUCAACUGUUUUGAAACAUUCGCCAUUCUUGAAAUUAUCACAAUGCAUGAUACGGCCGCUAUGAUAUGCAUGACCCCAGAAAUAACCUGGCAGUCAACUAUGUUUGAACUAUUUAAAACAAAACGAAUGUUAUGUUGAAUUAAGGAAAACAUAUUCUGUGGAAUAUUUUGUCAUUUUAAUCACCUCUCAAUUAACCCCAUCUUUCCAAUCAGUUGUACAAUUGAGAACGUGAAUAAACGAACUGGUCGCGAACAAACAAAUCCUUUUUAUCGAUACAAUAAUAUAUGCCACUCAUCUAUGAAAUUCAACACUAAUGACCUGACGUAAGAUCAUUCCUCAUAAGGCGACAGGUGAUUAUUGCAGGUUACACAGAAGAUUAUGGCAUCGGAGAUGUCACCACAGACUAACAAUACACCAAUAGCGGUUUACUGUGACGGCAAAGAAAAAUGUUAAACCAAGACCUCUUCUUCUGUGAAAAAUGUCUUUGUUAUACGUAAUUUAAGUUCUUUCUGCAAAAAUAAACAAAUAACUUAC